GUUGAAGGCCAGAAGGUGGGCCCCGGGACCAUGCUGGAGCCUGCGCUCACGAUCCUGCCGAUGGGCCGGAGCUGGGCCAUGCGCAUCGCCCAGUCCGCACUGCUGAAUUCGCUGGGCGACUCUGGCAUCGAUGGGUCGCGCCUCGUCGUGGGCGGCAGCCCCGCCUCCCCGCUCGACGAUGUCUCUGGGGUCCGCGUGGCUGGUUAUGUCGACAACUUCGUUGUUUUCGGCCAGGGCCUGGUUAUCGUGGACUCGACGGCGAUGGUCGAGAUAGCGCGGCGGCUCGACGAGGCGUGCGACGCCGCGG